ACUCGCCCAGCUGUUGUUGUCAGAUAAACCAGAGUUUUUCCCCCUCACUCGCCAGCCCAGAAGCAGGAAUAAGUUGUUGGAUCAAGAGCUAUUAAAUCAGGAACAAAAUUAAUGAUUCCCCCCUGGUUGCCGACAGCAGACCGUCUUCUCAGCAGCUGGAAUGGCCUCAGCAGUGGCCUCGGCUCCCAGGGCCACCCACUUGGCCACCAAGGUGGAGCUGAGCAUCUCGUGUGAAAACCUGAUGGACAUGGACGUCUUCUCCAAGUCGGACCCCCUGUGCGCCCUUUACAUCAACUCUUCGGGCUCCCACUGUUUGGGCGCACGGAGAUGAUCCUGAACUGCCUGAACCCAAAGUUUGCCAGGAGGUUUGUCAUCGACUACUACUUCGAGAUGGUGCAGAGGCUGAAGUUCUGCGUGUAUGACAUCGACAACAGCACCUACGACCUGAGUGACGACGAUUUCUUGGGCGAGCUGGAAUGUACCCUUGGUCAGAUAGUUUCCAACAAGCAGAUGACCCGAUCGUUGUUGCUGAAGGACAGGAGACCUGCAGGCCAUGGGACCAUUACUAUCUGCGCUGAAGAAAUAACAGACACCAGAGUGGCAAACUUUGAAGUGUCGGCGCUCAGGCUUGACAAAAAGUUUCUCUGGUGGGCCGAUCCCUUCCUGGAGUUCCACAAGCAGACAGAAGCAGGAUGGCGGCUGGCUCACAGGACAGAGGUCGUUCACAACAACGUGAACCCAGUGUGGAGGCCCUUCCGCGUUUCCCUGCGAGCUCUGUGUGGGGGAGACGUGGAACAACAGAUAAAGGUCGACUGCUAUGACCAUCACGUGAGCGGCUCCCAUCGCCUUAUCGGCAGCUUCAGAGCCUCGCUAGCAGAGAUGCUAGCGGGAACGCACCUCUCACCGGCUGAAUUUGAGUGCAUUAACUCCAAAAAGUUGAAAAACAAAAAGUACAAAAACUCUGGGAUCAUUUGCAUAAAACGCUGCCAGGUGGAGAAGGACUAUAGCUUUUUGGAUUAUGUAAUGGGAGGAUGCCAGAUCAACUUCACUAUUGCCAUUGACUUCACAGGCUCUAACGGGGAUCCCAUGUCCCCUCAGUCCCUCCACUAUAUCAACCCGGAGGGCCACAACGAAUACCUGCAGGCCAUCUGGGCCGUAGGUAACGUCAUCCAAGACUACGACAGUACCAAGAUGUUUCCAGUGUUUGGAUUCGGAGCUCAGAUCCCUCCAUCGUGGCAGGUUUCUCACGAGUUUCCCAUCAACUUCAAUCCAUCACAUCCCUUCUGUGCAGGGAUAGAGGGUGUGGUGCAGGCCUACCAGCAAUGUCUGCCUCAGGUGAAGCUGUGGGGUCCUACCAACUUCUCUCCAAUCAUCAACCACGUGGCCUGCUUCGCCAGACAAGCUCUCCAGCAGAACACGGCAUCGCACUACUUUGUGCUGCUCAUCCUGACUGACGGAGUGAUCACCGACAUGGACCAGACGCGCGCGGCCAUCGUGGAGGCCUCUCGUCUGCCCAUGUCCAUCAUCAUAGUGGGCGUGGGCGCUGCAGACUUCGGUGCCAUGGAGUUCCUGGACAGCGACGACAGACUGCUGCUUUCCCCCACGGGGGAGGCUGCCGCCAGAGACAUUGUGCAGUUUGUCCCUUUCAGACAUUUCCAUGGAAACAGCGUGACCCUUGCCCAGAGCGUCCUGGCGGAGCUUCCCGAUCAGGUGUCGUCCUUCUUCAACGCCUACAAGCUGAAGCCACCGAACGUGCUCAGUGUGCCUGAGCCAUCCUAAUGGGAAGGCUUGGUGUAGCCGGCGUGUUGCCUGGAAGUCACCUGCUUGUGUCUCCUCCGGUGUUUUCAUACCCGUCGCAGGAAACAGCGCAAAGGAAAACACCACACCUACCUCUCUGACUGAAGUUUCCUUUUAAGAUAAUCAAUAAAAUCUGAAACGACCGGGUUUUCAGGCCAAACUGCGUUGUGAUAUCUGAAAGCAUUCACAAUAAAACUGAGUCUCAACAUUUUCGGUACCCUUGUCCUACGUCCAUGUUGAAUUGUCCUGUUACUGAACUGUGCUAUACGGAUAAACUUGCCUUUCCCUGCGUCCUGAAUGUGCCAUGUUUAUAUUUCUGUCUGCCUUUGUUUUUAAUAUGUGGGAUUUUUUUGUAUUGAUGGUUGCAUACUUCUGUGAAUAUACGCAUGUUGAUGUCGCAGAACUCGGAGGUUGUUGAGACGAGGAGCGCUAAUGUGUACGUCUAUUAUACGUCUGGAUAACAUCUCUUACGCAAGAAAAAAAACUCUCGGGAGCAGAAGUGUUGCGCUCCAAGUGUGGAACAGGAAUCUUUGUGUAUUCUGCCUGUUCAAAGUGAAUUAAAAGCAAGAUUUCUGAAAUUCAA